AUGGUGCAUCCUGAUGUUUUCCCCAAACACAUUGUGUCUCUAGAUGCCUCACGUGUAGUUGUGAAAAAGAUUCGUACAAAGGCAUCCAAAUUGGGGUUUCGUGUUGUAAUCAGAAGGUAUGAUAAUGGUACUGAUAAAAGAGGUGCAUUUAUGACAUUGACAUGCGAAAGAAGUGGAAAAUAUACACCUCUUCUCCAUAAUUUCAAACGAAAUGAAACUGGUUUAGGAAAACGUGAUUGUCCCUAUAAGUUUCAUGAUUAUCGGUUGGAAAAUCACAAAUGGAUUUUUAAUGUGAUAUGUGGCUUACAUAACCAUGAUUUAUGUGAAAAGUUAGCUGGUCCUCCAAUUGCACGUCGUCUCAUGCCGGAAGAAAAGAAACCUGUUUGUGACAUGACAUUGAAUUUGGUGCAAGUGAAAAACAUACUUGUUAUUUUUCAUAUUCCCAAGUCAUACCCAUUCUUGCGUUGA